AUGUCGGAAAUACCACCAACAAUGCGCGCCUGGGCGUACCGUCAAGCCGGCCUCCCCUCGCAAGUUGUCAAAUUAGAAACCAACCUCCGGACACCGCAACCCACAGAUCUCGGCCCCAACGAAGUCCUCGUCGAAACACGCUAUACAUCUUUUAAUGGCGGCUUCACACUGAUCAUGCAAUCCCUGCGGCCGCGGCCACUGGCACUGUGGCUCCCGAAGAAGGAUCGCAUGUCCAUCGCCGAAUUCGAGUUUGCUGGCCGGAUGGUUGCUGCGGGAGCCAAUGUUUUGGCUUCUAGGCCCGAUCUGAGAUUGGGGGAGUUGGUGGUUGGGUCUAUGGAUCAUAUGAAUACGAUACGCCACGGGGUGGGUGCUUUGGCUGAGUAUGCUAUUUCGGAUAUUGCAGCCGUGGUGCCGUAUCAGAUAGCUGGUGAGAAGAAGUCCAAAUUGUCGCUGGCGGAGUGGGCUGGGCUGGGUGCUGUUGGGUGCACGGCGGUACAGGUGAUGGAUAGAGUGGGCGUUAAAGCUGGGGAUAAGGUUCUCAUUAAUGGCGGAAGCGGCGGCGCAGGCGUUAUGAUGGUGCAGGUCGCGAAGUCUGUGGUCGGCCCGAAUGGGCGUGUGGUGGCUACAUGCUCAGGACGGAACGUGGAUUUGGUCAAAAGCCUCGGUGCAGACGAGGUGAUCGAUUAUCGACAGUGUGGUCCACUUCAUACAUACCUCGCCGCGUCGGAACACGCGAAAGCGCCGUUUGAUGCGAUUAUUGACUGUGUCGGGAUCCAAGAUCUUUUCGCCUAUUCUCCAGCCUAUCUUGGGCGAGGCAAGAAAUUCCUGAAUAUUGGUGCCAUGGACACAGAGACUUCAAUCAGGGGUGCCGUUAAGUGGGUUUGGCUGCGCGUGUGGAAUCGGUUUUGCCCAAGAAUACUCGGCGGCGUGCCAAGAGAGUAUGAAUUCUAUGGUGCGAAGUGUGAUGUGCAAUCCUUGGAACGAGUGAGGAAGAUGGUUCAAGCGGGGGAGCUGAGGCAGGUUGUUGACUCCAUUUGGGAGUUUGAAGAUGUGCCCAAGGUAGCUAUAUUUCCACAUGCUGCUGUCCAUACCAUGAGUUACUGA